AUGAACGCCGUUCGAGCCGAUUCCACGUCGCUCACAGCGUUCAACCCCUUCAGCCUGACAGACGCCCGUGGCGAGGAGGUCUCUUCGCAGCUGCGCCAGAUCCAGAUCGCGGGUUGCCCCGGCGCGAAGAUCCCGAAGCACCCGCGCAGCCCGCGCCGCGCGCAGAGGCACGAGUGCCGCGCAGCCCAGGGCGUCGCGAAGCUGAAGAUUAUUACGGCCAACUCACCUCCAGCGCCACGGGGCCGCGAGACGCCCCCCCAGCGGCGAGCCACCAUGACGAAGGUGUCCCAAUGGGUCAAGCAGGAGAUCUUGGACGCGCCACCUCGCUUCACCCCGAUAGUCAUGAUGGACCUCAACGACCGCUUCGCCGCAGGCCCCGACGGCGACGAGACAGUUGGCCAGCCCCCGACGGGCAAGCAGGGCGAAGCGGGCAAACUCUACCACCACACACUAGCCAACGCGUGCAUGGCGGUUGCGAACACUUACUACGACACGGGCCCCACCUGCGAUGGACGCCACCCCUCGGUCACGGACUGCAUCUACUUCCCCACGGGCUUGGUCUCCCGCAUCAUGCAGUGCCGAGUUUGGAGCCACGCUGCCCGCGCGCUCCAGAUCUCGAGGAAGUUCAAGGACCAGAAGCCGUUGAUCACCAUGCUCGAGGCCCCGCCCGCCUGCCGCACCACGUCCAGGGCCUUCCAGACCAUUGGCCGUGACGCCAUCGCACUGGGACUCAAGGGGGGCCACAAGCGGAUAGAAUCCCCGGAGAGCUUGGAGUGCAACCCCAGCGCCCGCGCCGACCUGCUGGGCGAGUACCUCACGCACGAGGGCGGCACUUACCACUCGGGCCUCGCGAUGCAGUGCUUCCGCGACGCCGCCUUGGGGCACUGCGCCAUCGCCCAUGGCCGGCCCGACUGGUGCCGCGAAGCUCGAGAGCACAAACUCCCCUUCCUCAAAGAACGCGCCCAGCUUCGGCAACGUCGGCGCGCCCACGACGACCACCCCGACGCCAACGAGGACCACCUGCGCCAGCUCGACGAAACCAUCCACGACUUGAGUAAGAAACUCCGACGCCACCUGAAGGACACCUACCACAAGUACCAGGAAAUGCAGCGCGACGAUCUUUGGCGAGCAUGGCGCGCUCGACCAUGGACCAAUGACAACAAUUUCUACAAUGGCCAGGCGCCGAAUGAGGUCUAUUCGCAGUUCUUGCCCCCGUCGCUCUCCCGACGCAACUACGCUGAGCUCGACUUCGACACUAUGCUGGAGCAGGAACACGAGCACGAGAACUACGCCGACGACGACGCGCCCCCGACCGCUCACCUCCCAGCGGCGCCGACCACAACGACACCAGCAACCAACCCCAGUACACCUACUCCGCCACGCACUUCCCCACUCCAGCUUAACUACGUCACCGAAAUUGUCGGCGAGCUUGCUGCCGUCGCCAAGCUGCUGGGCAAGGCCAAUCGCAGGAAGUGCGUCUCCGCAUGCUCGGCCCCUGCCGAGAUCCUGCUGAUGGCACUGCGACCUGAACUGCUACGACGCCUUGGACGACCGCAGGGAUGCCUCGGCGCACUGAAUGCCCCCGACGGCUCCGAAGACCCCUUUAAGAGGAAGGUCCAGCUGGACAAGGGCAAGGUGAUCCCAGGGCCCGCGGGUCUACGCCUCAUCCACUGCUUCGACGUCUUCUGGCGCUGCUUCUACCGACAUCUACGCGAGCGAGGAUUCCCGACGCGACCGCCCGACUACGCCUACGGAGGCAUCCCGCAAAGACGACGUGAGUUCGGCAUGAUAGCCACCCGGGCGGUCGCUGGCAAGCUCCGACGGGCGAAGAUCGCCUUCGCAGUGCGCUCCCACGACGGCCGCAACGCCUUCGGGUGCACCCACCACGACGCCAUCAACGGGCACGUCAUCCCGACCUUUCGCGACGGCGACCGCCAACUUGCAUUGCAACGACGCACGGAGUCCCAGACCGUCGUCGAGGCCAGCGACGGCACGCUCACCAUGCGCAACCGCGAGGGAGGCUCCAUGGGAUGUUCGAACGAGCCCGACGCAGUCAUGAAGGACCUCAGCCGCCAGGUCUUCGUGGAUGACAUCCUGAAGUUCCACAUCGCCCCUCGCGUCGGACCGCGCAAACCAGCCAUCGACUCCAGUGGGCAACUACGCGACGCCAGCAUCGACGAGAUCCAUGCCCUGACCGCCAUCAUCGAGCGCGACCUUGAGCGACUCGUAUUUCAAGCCGUCGUCUAUGAAGCCGCCAUUAGUGCCGCCGAGACCUACUUCCUCUACGCCACGGACUACAAGAAGAUCGACAUCUGUUUGGGCAAGAGGCUGCGGGCCAUGCUACAGGGCAAGGGCUGCCAACACAGCCGCGACACGCACUACAAGGCGAUGUCUGCGGCCGAGGCAUGGCGCCGAUGGGACAUCGUGCCGGGCUCCAUCGAACUAAGGAUCUGCAGCGACCUCCCCGCCAUGCCACUCACCCUGACCGACGACGGCUACAUCAGCCCCGACGCGCAUCCGAUCGCCAGACAGAUGGCCACCGACAUCCAGGACCUCCUCACCUACGACACUGCCGAACCCUCGGACUUGCUGGACUGGAAGGGCAACAUUAUCACGCUGUUCACGGGCCCCGAGAUCGCCGAAGCCUUCUGCAGGACCGACGUGAGCAUCAUGAGGGAGUCCGAUGCAGAGUACAUCGAGCUCCGAGGCCACCUCCAUAGUGAUUUGCCCCAGGCCCAGCUGGCGUGCCCCGCGGGAUCCCCCCUCACGUCUGGCGGCGGUGCCUCCAGCGGGGCCCGGUCCAAGCCAGGCGACCGAUCGCGGAGCCAACGGCGCGGACUGGACCCUCGCAAGAAGGCCGAGGACCAGGGCGCGGAGCUCGACGACCAGAAGGUCGACCCCGGGAAGGGCGCGAAGAAGACCAGGGAGCACAAGGUUUGCAUAACCAAAACCGCGAAGGUGAUCGUGCAGGAGAAACGCAACUACGCUCAGGACGGCGACUCCAACACCACGAUCGAGCGUGCCAGCGCCACAGACCAGUACCAGGCGCAGGACGCACCGAUCUGCAAGCUCGAGAAGGCUUACAAGAGCGGCCAGGCGAAGAUCCAUUGCAGGGACUACGAGAGCAGGCAGCACAUCAUGACAGCGUUGCACAACGCCGACAAGGCGACGUGCGCGGGUCCAGCGCCAGCGGGGUCCGUGGAGGGCGAGCUGGCCUUCUGGGUGGAGGCGCUGAGGGGCGAGACCUACCCCGGGGGCCGCCCGUGCACGUGCGGGCAGCGCGGCUGUGUCUGCGACCUCUCCACGGUGGACGACCUCGGGCCGCUCAUGGCGAGCCUCGGGUACGACCAGUGCGUGGAGGAUGGCGGCUGCGAGGCCUGCGACGAGCGUGACGCGCACGCCGUCUACUGCAACCCCACGGGGCGCCGGCAGCGCGUGGCGUGCGCCCACUGCGGGGUUCCGGGCGCACCGGCGAUCUUCUGCAUCCGAGGCGUGAAGCCUCUGUGGGCUGCGAGCGCAGCCACGGCCGCUCACGUCAGGAACGCCUCUGGAGUCCCCGCGCUCUUCUUCCGGAGCUGCUCGGGCCGGGAGACGCCGCCGCUGCAGCCUCGGCCCCCACGGACAUCGGGGGCGCAGGUCUUGAUGUUUCUGGCCUUCAACGCCCUCGUGUUCUCUCUGUCGUUCCGCUCCCUCCGCCGCCAGCAGCGCGCGCUGUGGCAGGAGACGCACGCCGCCCUCUACGGCGACGGCGGCGGCGCGGGCCCGCCCGAGGGCGACGCCCGCCCGCUCGAGGAAGACCGCCGAGGCGAAGUCAGCAAGGCCCAGGAUGCUGGCGGCGUGGUGGCCGAGCAGGUCGGCCGCCCGGCGUUCGCCGCCGGGAGCCUGGCGUCCUCGGCAUCGCGCGCCCGCGAGGCCGUGGAGCUGGCGGUGUUCGGCGACGGCCCGAACAAGACGAAGUAG